AUACUCGCUUUGCAUUGUGCAUUCCACAAAGUAACACAACUGUGCUUUGUGUGGAAGCAGAGACAACUCAAGGAGGUGUUCAUGGCCAUGAUGUGGAUUAGAAUCAUACUUCUUCUAGCAGCUUGCAUGCUUCCUCUUUCGGUGGAAGCCAUGGUUCGCCACUACAAGUUCAACGUGGUGGUGAAGAAUGUCACAAGAAUGUGUUCAACCAAGCCCAUAGUAACCGUAAAUGGGAAGUUCCCUGGCCCCACCAUUUAUGCCAGGGAAGAUGACACUGUUUUGGUAAAGGUGGUUAACCAUGUCAAAUACAAUGUUAGCAUCCACUGGCAUGGGGUGAGACAAUUGCGGACGGGUUGGGCCGAUGGGCCUGCUUACAUAACCCAAUGUCCAAUUCAACCGGGCCAGGUCUUUGUGUACAACUUCACCCUCACAGGACAGAGAGGGACACUUUGGUGGCAUGCACAUAUCCUCUGGCUUAGGUCAACUUUGCAUGGUGCCUUGGUCAUUUUACCUAAGCUUGGAGUUCCUUACCCUUUUCCCAAACCCCAAGUGGAAAAAGUUAUCAUAUUAAGUGAAUGGUGGAAAUCGGAUACUGAAGCAAUAAUAAAUGAAGCUUUGAAAUCUGGCUUGGCUCCAAAUGUUUCUGAUGCCCACACAAUUAAUGGUCAUCCAGGACCUGUUCAACAUUGUGCAUCACAAGGGGGAUACAAACUCCAAGUUCAACCAGGAAACACAUACUUGCUGAGAAUCAUCAAUGCUGCACUUAAUGAAGAGUUGUUCUUUAAAAUUGCUGGCCACCAACUCACUGUGGUUGAGGUUGAUGCUGUCUACACAAAGCCUCUCAAAACUAACACCAUAGUUAUAGCACCUGGCCAAACUACAAAUGUGCUUCUAAAAGCCAAUCGUGGCACUGGAAAAUACUUGGUAGCAGCCGCUCCUUUCAUGGACUCUCCUAUUGCAGUGGACAAUGUGACUGCCACUGCCACAUUACAUUAUUCAGGUUCACUUGGUUCCACCAUCACCACCCUCACUUCUCUACCUCCCAAAAAUGCCACACCAGUUGCCACCAGCUUCACUGACUCCCUCAGAAGCCUAAACUCCAAAAAGUACCCUGCUAGAGUCCCCCAAAAGGUUGACCAUUCCUUGUUCUUCACUGUUAGCCUUGGAGUCAACCCUUGUGCCACUUGUGUCAAUGGUAGUAGGGUGGUUGCAGCUAUCAACAAUGUGACCUUUGUGAUGCCUAAGGUUUCUCUCCUCCAAGCACAUUUCUUCAACAUAAGUGGUGUUUUCGCUGAUGAUUUUCCUGGAAAGCCUCCAGUGGUGUAUGACUUCACAGGGACUCAACAACCAACAAAUUUGAGGACUACUAGAGGGACAAGGGUCUAUAGACUCGCAUACAACUCCACAGUUCAAUUAGUCUUGCAAGACACUGGAAUGAUAACACCAGAGAACCAUCCCAUUCACCUCCAUGGAUUCAACUUCUUUGUGGUAGGUAGGGGACAAGGAAAUUUUAACCCCAAAAGGGACACCAAAAAGUUUAACCUUGUGGAUCCUGUGGAGAGAAAUACUGUUGGUGUUCCAUCUGGAGGGUGGACUGCAAUCAGAUUCAGGGCUGAUAAUCCAGGUGUUUGGUUUAUGCAUUGCCAUUUGGAAAUUCAUACAACAUGGGGAUUGAAGAUGGCAUUUGUGGUGGACAAUGGUAAAGGACCAAAUGAGUCUCUACUACCACCACCAAGUGAUCUUCCGAGGUGCUGAGAGAGGACUAAUAUAAUAUACAAUCUUUGCUUAAGGAAGAAGUGGAGGAAACAUGUAAAGAAAAUAUACUUUCCAAAGGGAGUGAACCACCAUCAUCAAGGCUAAUAACAAGAUUUUCUUGGAGCAAAUAAAAAGUAUAAUUUGCAAUAGGAGAAUAAGACCAAUUAAUUAACAUAUCUUCACUUUCUAUGUUUAUUCCCCGUAAUUUUUUCAUUUUUUGCAUUAUUUGUACUUCUCAUCUCUCACCUUCUUGAAAAGUAGUUUUGGCUUCAUGUAAUUAUAUAUACAGUGUGAAUCAAAAUUUGCAGGAUGUUCAAAAUGUCUUGCCUUGCGUUCUUGGAUCA